CCAGAAAGUGAUGACGUGCAGCUGGGAGGUCGCGCCGUGUUGGUCAGCAGCUGCUGGCCGCAAAUUUUCUGUUUGUUAAAAGAUACGAAGCAGGCACGAAUUCACUAUUAGGGGCCACUGGCCAAGGAAACCGAGGACAUGUGGAGGAUGAAGACGCGCCGCUGUCCGCUCAUCUUCACUGACUGAUAACGCGAUAAACUUUAUCGAAACGCUGUAGCAGAGGAACUGAUGUGAUAACGGAGCAGUGCAUAAGGAGUUUGACCCAGUCACUGGCUGUUUAUCAUAUUCAGUCUUAUUCGUCUAAUGAGUGAAGCCACGCAGACCGCUUGCAGCUCCUUUCCCUCACAGUAACGUGGGACUUUGUGCCAGGAUGAACGUGGGCACAGCUCACAGCGAGGUGAACCCCAACACGCGGGUAAUGAGCAGCCGGGGCAUGUGGCUGUCCUACCUGCUGGGCAUCGGCCUGCUUCACGUCAUUCUGCUAAGCAUUCCCUUCGUGAGCGUGCCUGUGGUCUGGACCCUCACCAACCUCAUCCACAACAUGUGCAUGUAUCUACUCCUGCACACUGUAAAAGGGACUCCGUUUGAGACUCCAGACCAGGGCAAGGCUCGGCUUCUCACACACUGGGAGCAGAUGGACUACGGGGUCCAGUUCACCGCCUCCCGCAAGUUUCUCACCAUUACCCCAAUCAUUCUGUACAUUCUCACCAGCUUCUACACCAAGUACGAUCGUGUCCACUUCGUCAUCAACACAGUCUCUCUGCUUACUGUGCUCAUUCCCAAACUACCACAGCUGCACGGUGUCCGUCUCUUCGGAAUUAACAAGUACUGAAGGACUGCUCUCUCCUCUCUGCUCUGGGCCCUGCUUACUCAAUGGCAACCCUUGUUUUGGUCUUUUGCCCAGGCGUUAUUGAUGAACUAUGCACCAGGGGACCCAGUGUUGAGAAAUGAAAGGGAGGAGAGACAGAAGUGCUCUCUCUUCUCUCAGUCUGCAGGCUCCAGUGGUUUCUUACGAUUGAAUGAAUAAGAUAUUUACUACAUUUUGAUGUUCACCACUUUUUAACAGCAGAUUUGGAGUUGUCAGGUAUUAGUUCUUCUGUGUUAUAGUGCAAAGAUUUAGUGAAUGCAGAUCUACUUUUUGGUACUCUAAGUCAUUGAAGUCUUGCAAUGACUGCUCUUUCACUCAGUUGCUAGGAAGACUGCUUGGAUGUUGACGUUGGUGAAUGACAACGACUCUGCCAUUCAUUACACAAUAAGUUAAAGGAGUGCAUUGCUUUUUCUUAACUAUGUUGUGUCUCUGGCCUGGCAGGGCACAUCCUGUGUCUUAGCAGAGAGAUAACACGAGAAACAUGGUAUUUCUGAACAGGAGUGGAGGCUGGCAGCUAUUUUUAGAUUCAGGCACUAACUGUAUCUUCUGUUAGAGUGGAAAAUGGUCUCUUCCCAUAUUUAGGCAACCUUGCUUUGUCCCGUAAAAAUUGUGACAGAAAAAGAAAGCAAUGACAUUGGCCAGCCUUUCAUUUUUUAUCUUUCUUCCUAAAAUUGGUUUGACGUCAAGCCAAAGGAGGAAAAAAGCAAAUGUUACAGUCUUGGGCACUCAGUAGCUGGACAGACUGGGUUAACGGUCAGUAAGUGGUCAUGUGACUGAUUACUUUUGGAUGAGGAUGUGAAUACGUCUUUUAAAAGCAGGAGAGACCACAAAAUCAGUGUUUUGGCAGAAGUAUGGGUUUACAUUGAGCUAUAUAUUCAUGACGUAUGAGUAAGUUCCAACAUCUGGCUAAUUUUGCUUUGAAUUACCCCAACAGUAAGGAAGCACAUUUGAAAUGAUGGAUUAUUUAGUGUAUAUGACUCAGAUAAAAGUCACACUUUUCGCAACAACAUUAAUCUUGAGGUCUUCAUAGUUUAAACUAUCUGCACACAUAUCAUUUCAAAGAACCCAGGCAUUAUUAUAUUUGGUUUUUAACAGACUGUUUAAGUAUUUUCACAUUGAUGCAUGUGUUUGCCAAGCAGAAACAUAAUACAUGGUUUGGGUUAAACUGAAGAGGCCUCUGGACUCUGAAUUAGACAUUGAUGAGAAUAUGCAUACAGAAAUAUGUAUGACAAUGUUAAGAGUCAUGGUGAUGUCUAACCUAAGUCCUGUGAAACUGACAGUGUUUUCACAUGUAGUUCGUUUUAAAAGAACCGAACCGAGUUCUGUUAAAGUGAACCUGGAAGGGAACCAACUGCAAGUGACCUCAGUUCUUUUUGUGUUCACAAUGUAAGUGAACUGUAAAGAGGACUCAGUCUUCUUUCUGGUCCAUUGAGAUCUCAGACCACUUCUUGUUCAGACCACAACUCCAUUAGAACUCGGACCCCUUUCCCAGCACUCACGGUGUGCACAGCGCUUGCCAAGUGGGCCGCUGAGAAUUGCGUUGCGUGCCCAGCUCGAGCCUUUAACACGGUAUAAUCACGCGAGCUCUCGCGUCUGAUCGCUUUAAUAAGUCAGCGUUGCUGUCUGUCUCAGAUCACGGACAGACUUUAUCCUGAGUAGAACCUUAUAAAUGAUCCUUGGUCUGUUUACCUGCUGAAGUAAAGACUGUGGCUGUGUGUAUGGCGAGUAUCGAGGUCUUCACCAUAAAGCAAAGCUAAAGCGAACUCGGCCGUUUUGUUUUCACAAUGCACAAAUUAAUCGAACCACAAAACGAACUACAAACGAACCGAACUGUGACCACCUUGAGAGGUGGUCUCAGUUCGGUUCGUUUUUGGGGCCAUUUAGGGGGGUCUGAGUUCGUUUGCCGUGUUCACAUAUGCAAAAGGAACCAUGACUCAGCGGUCUGAGUCCACUUCAGACGCUGAAACGGCCCAAGUGUGAAAACGCCCUGACAGACAAAAUUAGUAUGUUAAAUCAACUGAGCACUCUAUGUAUUAUUCACUUUUUAGAUACAAUCGACAACUUCUCUUUUUUCUAUAUUUUUAAAAAGCAGAUUUAUGUAGCAACAAAAAAACUUCAAACUUCAUUUUCAAGGCAGUUGCUUAGUCUUUGCUUGCAGUGGUGUAACUGGCCUAAGCCCUCUCCCUUAAGGGCUGUUUUACACACACAUCCUCAGGACUGUUGUAGUCAAUCACAUAACUGCACAGGUGGGAGCCAAACCCGGUGGACAUACAUUAGAAUGGAGUGCUGCUGCACUAAUGUUUUCCUGCCUUGAGUUUCCUCUGCCUAAUCGGAUUGUUUUCCACUCUGGCACAGAGAGGGAUCACUGUUUCCUGAUGUCAUUGUGGAACUUGGAAGGAAUCGUGGCUGAAAUAGAGACUAGUACCUUUGUAACUCUGGUGGAGUUUAUAAAACUACAACUCCAUGGAAGCAUCAGUCAGUCCUAAUGUAUGUAAUGGAUAUUGCAUUGCAGACACGUUUAAUUGGUUGUUUGGUGCUGCAUGUUUGAGACAGGAUGUGUCCAAUUGCAGGUUGUGUGGCUACACUCUAAGUCUUAGUGUCUAAUGUGUUAAAUAUGCUGGACAGGCCAUGUUAAACUUGCAAAAGGCUUUAAUCCAAAAGCACUUGUUUUCUGCUAAAAAUAUAUAUCAGGUCCCUUCAAAUGCAGUUGCAGGCCAUUUCAGUGCAGUUUUCUUCAUUAAACGUUACUCAGUGUUAAUUAUUACAUUUAUCUUGUUGUCCUGAAACACAUGAUGAAAAUGCCAGACCAAGCAGAAUAUGACAUGAUUACUUGAAUUAUUUUAUGAGUGUUAUAGAGGUUGAAGCACAGUUUAUGGAAGAUGAUGGUAGAACCAUUUAUUUUUAAUGACACUAUUACCAAGUUAUAACCUGUACUUGAUCUUUUUAAAUAGAAAAGAUUUUCAUAUUCUUUUUGAAAAUUCUUUUUAAAUUUGUCAAGGAAAAGAAGAAUACUCUUGGUUACAUUGACAUUGGAUCAGGAAAAAAAACUUAUUAUUUGUAAUUCUACUAAUUAUUUGUAAUUCUUUUCGUUGUUUCUUUUAAACCUUCUCAUAUUGACCAUGAAGACAAAACAGGGAAUACUUGUAAAAUAGUUUUGGUAAUGUGGUUCAUCUGGGCAUUUUCUUUCGAUUUACAGAACAGAAAAUGUCAACAAAAAGCACAAAAGAGGACUUGUUCACAGGCUGUUAGCUGGUUCAGCAAAGAUGUCAAUGAUUACUUUUGGAUGAGCAUUGCUUUGAAUGCUCUUUCUAAUAGGUAUGGUGAUCUUAAUGCUACAGUGUUUUUACAAAAGCAGUUUCAUCUGCAUCACUACUGCAUGUUUAACAGCACAGUGGUCCUCUGCUGGAGUGCAAUGUGAGCUUGGCUCUCUAGGCUGUCACCUGAAGCCUGUGGCUAGUUGAACGCUGAGCAGGGACGAGUGAGACAGAUGGGCGAAAGUGAUGCUUCAGGUUUCACAAUUACCACUUACAGCCCAAGAGAGCAUUCUCCAUCUCUCUCACUCUCUCUUUCUGUCUGUGUCCAUAACACCUCGUGCUACACCUCCACUUUGCAGCAGAUUGAUAAGGAACAUCAAGUCCUAGCCUGAGUCAUGUAUUUCAUCUGUGAUGGUUUGCUUGAACUUUAUGUUCACAUUGCUUCUUGCAGAUCAGUGCAAAUGCAAAAGUGAAGCCCACUUUAUGUUAGUAGAUGACAUGCUUGAUUGGCAAGUGCAUAUUACGUGCUCAUCCCAUUGUAACCACUCUUAAAAGUCUGCAGUACCCUUUGGAUAUAGCUGAAGCCAGUGUUUUUUCUCUCGUUUUUCAAAAAGGGCUAUUGGCUAUAGCAGACCACUUAAUACAUGAAUAUGUACACAUGCACAGAGUAAUAACUUGCCAGACCAUUGUGAAAAUGACUGAUAUCAGGUUUAACCAUGAGCACAGUCUCUAAGGCAAGUAACUUCUACCAAAACAAUUCUUCAUUUUGUAAGCAGUAUGGGUGCAAUUGAGGUCAGCUUGAUUUAAACCCAAACCAGGCAGUUUUUUCGCCAUAUUCGCUAAUUCUUAUGAGGGUAGUGUAGUUCUCCAGGGGCAAAAGGGUUCAACUCGCUCUUGAGGUUUCUUGUAUAUUUCUUUUUGGACUUGGCUUAAAGCUAGCCAACUCUGAAAUGCUUCCUGUGGAUUGGAGUAUUUAUACAACAGUUGGAAACUGUUGAAUGUCUACACUAAACUGUAGAUGGUUGAAAAAAAAUGUAUUUGAAGACAUUGGCUUGCCUGGUUAUUUCUGAGCUGUAUUUGAUUCUUCCUGAUUUGAUCUGUUACUCAUGAAGGAUGUUUUGUGAGCCAGAACUGAAAUGUCUUUUUAGUACGUAUUUCUGUAGCAUUAUUGGGCAAAAAAGUGAAUAUUAAAGAACAAAUGGCCGUUGAUUUGUGCAGCCCACAUUUUUGAUUCGGUGAUGAAAUGAAUGAGACUGUGGUUGUUAUGAAGCAGACAUGUUGGAGUGAAUGCAAAAGAAUGACACUAGGUGUCAGUACAGCCAUUGCAAUGAAGUGGUGUCUGAAGUGAUCUGGCCUUGAGUAUCAGUGAAAAGCUUAUGCUGUACAUUAUGUUCUCACACACUGGCUAUGAAUUUCUGGGCUUUAGCGAUCCAAACCCCAGUCUGCCAUAAAAAAUUGGCUUGGUGGUGAUCAGGGUGACCAUCAUUAAUUUUUUCUGUAAUUCACAAUUGCAUAGAAAGCAUUUCUACAGAGCCCUGCUGGUGACCUUGCAUCUUAAUAAAAAUAAUGCAUGGCCACAGUUCACUAAGGUGUGACAAUGCGAUUCUGUUGCAUGGGCAUAACUAAGACAUGGGAACGAGCAAGUAGGCCACAACUUAACAAUGACAAGUUAUCUAUCUUGUUUCCUUGCCUUACUAACUUGUGGCCACAAUUUAACUGUCUCAUUCCCAUGCCUUAGUAUGUUGUGUCAACGUAUUAGUUUUGAUGAGAAGCAAUGUAACCAGUAGGGCUUUAUCCAUUACAGUGUAGCACAACACACUGUAACAGAUGUCAAGUAAAAAAGUGGCUUUUGCUCAUCUUAGUGAUUUAAAAAGAUCAGUGCUUCAUUUUUUGCUCCUUUUGUUAAAGGAUGAGUUUUGCUGUCCUGCAAUUGUGUAUCAGUAAUGAAGUAUUGUACAACUGCAGUAUUACUCUCAUGCACCAGGGGGCACCAAACACCAGAAGUUGACACUAAUCUGAAGUGGCAUUUGCCUCCUAUAAAUAGGCACUGCCGCUAGGUAAAGACUAUUGGCCUGUUUUUUCUUUUCCCGGCUGCAUUUAGCAGAUUGAACAAGCCUUAAGUUGCUCUGUUCUUUUAACACUGCCUUCUACUGCAAAAGAAACGUUGGCUCAGUUUACGGCUGUGGGUUUGGAAACUGCCUAAUCUGUUAUGUGGUCUCUGGGGUCUUUAACAAGAAAAAUAACAAAAAGGUGGUUUACAGCUUUUAUUUUAUAUCCCAUUCCAUCUUUAAACCCUCCUUGAGUUUAAUUCUGCUUUACAGCCCUGGAACAGCUUGCUCUUUCUCUGUGUCUCUGUACCUCUCUCUCUCUUUCUCUCUCACUAUCUCUCUCUCUCUGUCAAGCUGCAGCCAUCAGCUCAGUCAGCUGUGUGGGUACAUAGCUGAGACAUGUACAGGAGUGUGUGUGUGUGUGUUGGAAAAAGAAGGUGAACCUCCUGGGUUUUCAGAUUUUCCUUCUCGUCUUCCACAGCACACUAGCUUUUGAAGUUGCUCUUCUUCAUGGACAUGGGAUCUGUGUGCUUUAGCAGAGCUCCGUUUUAUUUUAGAAGCAGACGGUUAUAUAAGGUCCCCAAAAAGGCCUCCUUUCAAAGUUCGGGAAGUGAAAUAUAGAUGCCCUGUGACAUGCUACAGUUCCCUGUGCUCUCGUGGAAAGUAAAAGUGACAGCGAGAGGGAUUGCAUUUGCACAUAUUUGAAUAACCCAACAAAUGAGGGCUAUCUGCACAACGACUCCCCGAGUGUGAGGGUCCGCGCAUGGGGGCUAAACACCACACUCACUCUCAGUAUCUUCUGUCCUGCUCAUGGGCCGGGGAGCAGAUGUACUUUAGGGGAGGAGGUCACAGGGGGUCGUGGAUAUAAAAAGCCUGACCCCUGAUGAGAUGCAUUAUACAUGAGGGAUGGAUCCCUCCAGGAGCAGCAGGAUAGAGAGGACAACUGCUGCUCUGGAGGAUGGAAAGGGCCUGGAAGUGAGAUCCUGGAGCUGGAAUGGAUGUGUGGGGAGCAAAGAUAUCAUGGAAAAAUCAAGCUGUAAUUUUGGUCUUGCUGAGUGUGUAGAACCUAGAAGCAUCUAGAGGAUGCAGAGUUACAUUUUUAGUUCUUUUAGUGUUUAUAAUGCACUUUUUUUCUGCAGCCUACAUAGUACUUUCUUUGUAUGUAUUUUGUAUUUGCUUGAGCAUAUACAGUCGUAUGCAAAAGUUUGAAUACCUCUAGUAAAAUGACCCAUAAUAUCUUUUUGAUUUUCUAAGUAAAAAUAAAUGAACACAUCUUUUACAGGGAACUAAGUUAAAUCUGGCAUUUUUUUAUAAUUUUAGUGCACAGUUUCUGUUUGGUUGCUGGGAGUAAAAAUUAAGCAUAAAAUAUUAAAUGUUCCGUAACUUUUGCACAGGCCAUUUUAUUUUAUUAGUUUUUUGUUUGUAUGUUAAAUUUAACAAACAAACAGUAAUUGUGCAUUAAUUGCGCUGCUGUUGGAAGAAGACCUUGUAUCUCCAUUUUUGUUUUUCAGUUUUUUAUGUAGUUUGAAAAUGCCUGUUGCCCUUUACAUCGUGGAUGAACUUCAUGGUGAAUGGACCAAAAGAAAAAAGUUUGGUUCCUUUGACUCAUAUUAAAAGGAAAGUAGUUUUUUUUCCUUUUCCUGUAAAGUUAUUAUUUUAGAGAUACAAGGUUUUCUUCCGACAACAGCGAUAUAUAUGAAAAUUUAAAAAUGCUUACGUAUCUCUAGAAGACACAACUUUAAAGAAAACAUUUAAAGUGAAGAUGAAACAAAUACGUGUGUGGAUAUAUAUACACAUUCACAUUUUUUCCAGAUAAAUAAGGUAUUUAAUUUGAUGUUUACUAGCCUUGGUAUGUGGUUUUGAUUCACAGUCCUUUAAUAGAAACAAUUUGCUUUUGUUCACGGCUCUACAUAGACUACAUUAGCCCACCCACAGUGAUUGUGGUAAACCAGUCAUAACAUCACUUUAGUUUGCAAGAUGAAUUAAUUUAAUAUCAGCUUGAUGAGAAGCAUUGCCACUGGCAUGCACUGCGAGGUUUGAAUUUAAUAACGUGAUAUCAAAAGGGAUCUAUCAUAUAAUCACAUGAAUAUUCGCAUGCAAUUCAUUUCAGUGUUAAGUGGGUCCAUUAUUCUUGUCACUUUAUAACCUAGAUGAGAGUUUCAAACACUCCACAGGAUAUUGUGGCUUAUGUCCUUUGAAAAAAGUGAUUAGCAGACAUUUGAUAACCACAGUGAUAACCUUUCUUUAAAAACACAUUACAGACUAAUUAGCAUUCUGUGCAUCAGGGAUUAGAUAUUACAACAGCACAGACACUUAUCGGGGUGUUAGGAAUCAGUUUGUCAUAGCUAAUGUGCAUUUCAGCUGUUUUCAGUGCUGCUAAUGCAUGCUUUCUUCUGCUCCAAAUGACUGUGGUCAGCAUACACACACACACACACAUACACACACACGCACACAUACUUCCUUGAACGUGUGUCAUUCUGAGAGUCUGUAAAAGCAGGAGAGUGUGUGUGUGCUGACAGGUUCUGUUCUGACACAUGUUCUCUCCAUGUUGCUACACUCUCUUCUGAUGGUAAUUACCCUCUAGGGUAGCCCCAGGGCUCUCCUUAAGAGACUACAUGAGUCCUUCAUAUAAUUAGAUUGAUUUUCAGUGCAAUUAAUGGUAGAAUAAGUGGACUAGUGUACAGGACCAGAAUCUCUUCAGUGUUGUUUUUGUGGGCUUGCAUGGUGCCACUGGCUCUGCAAUAACAUCUGCCUGACCUCUCUAUCCUUUUCUUCUUGGACACAGUCCAAAAUGUCCUCCAGGGUCCAUGUCACUGGCCCCCGCCCAAUCCAUGCUCAAUUAGGCUGCCCUCUAGAGGCUUGAGUGAGAGAAUUCAUUAGCUAGGUUGUGUCAACUGCAAAAAAUGUAUCAGCAAAAUGAGGUCAGUGUCGAUUCAAAUGUCUUUAUGGCUGUUAUGUGCAUCACAAAGUGCUGUAAAUUUGUAAUGCUUUGAAAACACUUUGAAUUUUUUACUUAUUUCUGAUGUUGCUAGUUUGCUCCGACUGUUUUGAUACUAGUUGGCUACAUAAAACUCCUUAUAAAAAAGAAACCAAAUAAAAAUCAACUUACACUAAACUAACCUCUCAAUGCUCCACCCUCAAAUGUGUUUUGCUUAGCAACUGUUUCUAGAUUCCAGAGCAGUGGCAAAAGUACAAUUCAACCUAAUGAGAAAUUCUAGUGUGCAAUUAGUUACAAAAAAUAUAUUAUCCAAAUUUGACAGCUGUUUGUAUAGAGUGGCUACAAAAUGUUUUAUUUUCCAGUUUAAAAUGCUACGCUGCCAAGCUGCACUCUGUUGUUACAAUAAAAUAUUCAAAACUUCGGGGAAAACUUAGGGCAAGUGUUAGACAGCUGAGCCACUAACCAGGAGAUCAUAUGUUCGAUCCUUGGCAAUACCACGGCCAUCUGUGGCCAGGAGUCUCUGGGUGGGUAGGAUGGCCCUCCCGCUUCCCUGUGCUGUGCUAGCCAAUGUGGUUGUCUGUUAGCAAACAGAACAGACAUUGCAGUUAGUGUUCUCCUCCAAGUGCUUUAGGCUCCCCAGUGAUGUUGUGUUAAGAUGCAAUGUUGUGUCUCAUGUCUUUAGCCUUCACCCUCUCUGCUUGGUAGCAUUGUGUGAUGGGGAGACCUUGCUGGCAGGUGUGAACUGGGGAAAAAUGUGUUAAAAAAAAACUCACUCUAAAUUUAGGUGUUUUAAUUUUUUUUUUAGUUCGUGGUUUGAAUGGAAUUUUGCCAGAAUUCUGUAAAGACUGCCCAAUGUGGCAACAGUUAUUAUAAAAUAAUGCAUUUGUAGGCAGAGCAUUGAUGGGUUAAUGCCUGAAAUACACAGCAGGGUAGUUUCAUGGGUAUUUGCAUUGUGCCCUUCAACAUCUAUGGAUCAUUGUGCCUUUAAAUGGAGACAAAAGGUGUCCAUGUUUUAUGGGCUGUAAUGAAAAAGUGACUGCUACAGUAAGUCCCAUAUGAAAUUCAAGGUGAGGUUAGUGAAACAGCGCUAAAGGCCAUGAUGCCCCGUGCACAGUGACCUCAUCCAUCUCUGGAACACAGAAAGCUGGAAAGCACUGACUUUUUAUUGGGGUUAACUCUGCUCUGCUGCCCUUCAUGUCUGUGUCUGACCAGAAUGGAGAAUUUGAAUAAUUAAUCUCGGGGGCAGCAUGAGCAGAAAGAGAUGUAUGUGGCUCUGAAAGUCACCCAGGAUGAAUCCACCAUGAUGAUGAAUUAUAGAGGUCAGUGCAGGAGUUUUAUGGCAUCCCAUGGGAACCGGCACAUCAUGCUCUGACUGAACGCUCUGGAUGUGCAGCGGAAUUAUUCAGUGUGUUUUUGCUCUGUCUGCACGCUCCGCUGCUCACCUAAUUUCACCCACUUUGUCCUGCUUCUUCCCAGCCCGAUUACUGUCACAGGAUCAGGUGCUACAGUGCAUCUUAAACACAAUCAUGCAUUAACAGACUUGGUGUAUGACCCUGUGGAAGGCUUCUGUAUGUAAAGAGUGGAGAAGAAAAAUGCCUGUAGGCUUGUGUACCUUAGAGUGUGUGGAUUGGGUUGGGAAAGUUGAGUCUGGGGUCAGGAAUCUGGUUGGGUAAGUCAGUAUGAAAAUGAGAUCAUUGGUUCACCUUCUGCUCAUUCUCAAAAAAAACAAAACAAAACAAAACAAAAAAAACAAUAGCUAUAGGAGACUAUAGGACAACCAAAGAUGCCACCAUAGCAUUAAAUCAUACUACAGGUUUUGUAUGGUCACAUCAUAUUUUUCAUAUUUGUUAGCUAUUUGGCAAAAUCAUAAAAGAAUAAUGUUGGUCAGUUCCUGUUAAUGUCCCAAUUAUAUAAAAUACAUUAAAAGUUUUCCAAAUUGUGAACAUCUCUAGCUCUGUUUGCACUUCAAGCGUGCUAAAUGGUACCCUACAGCUGGUGACGUCAGUGACCAGCAGUCCUGCAUCAUUCCUGGACUUUGACCUCCAUCCACAUGCUUGAUGUUUGUCUGUAGAAGAAACGCUGAAGUAGCAGGUUGCUAUCCAUGGUGCUGGGAGGUGAUAGCUGGUUACUCUGGAGCAGAGAUCAGAAACAGCAUGUUUUUUUCUGAGCAAAAAUGACACAUAUAAUAUUUUCCUGACCCCUAAGCUUAUAAGGCCUUCAGAAACACUUAUUUCAUUGUUGGAAACAAAAAGGUUAAACUCUUGUAAUGCCCAAUGGAAAAUUAUCCAGUAAGGGUUUUUUUCUCUGUAAUAUUAAGGUAGAUACAGCCAAGCUAACUCUCUCAUUGGUAAGGACUUCAGGAGCUGAAGGUCAGGUGAACCACUAACAUAAUUAGGAUAUGGCAGUAGAAUCAACCAAUGACAUUUUGAUUUCCAAUAACUGGGACCAAAUUCAAGAGAAAAAACAUCACGCUACGCUUUCUGAAAGUUCUAGAGGUGUUUUUUUUUUUUAUUUUUGCAUCGGUUCGAUUAGAAAUGGAAAACGGGCUGCAGCUUUAUGCCAGGGCUUGUUAAUGAAAGAGUCACUGUAAAAUUGCUUAAUAAAAACAUAUGUGGCUUUAUAAGGGUGGCCAGAGUGGCCUGUUGCCUUUCCUAAAACCUGAUUGGCCACCCCAGAUGCUACCGCAAAAUUUCUGCCACAUUAUUGGUGUCCACCUUGCUGUGGGGCGAGUGUUUGUGCCUUUAGAGUUGUUUUGCUACCUUUGCACCCCUGGUAAGAUUUUCUAGAUCCGCCACUGCAUACAAGGUCUUAAUUUAUGUUUUAAGCUUCAAAUUAAACAUGAAAUGUCUUUUACAAGCUU